UCAAAUCUUCAAAGAGCGGGCUCUCAGAUUUCUCUCAUUAACUUCUUCAACGCCUCUCUCUCUCUCUCUCUCUCUCCGUUUCUUCGAAAAUUCUUCGCAUACAUGCAUGAAGAACCCUCGAUAUGGCUGAAACGGGGGAUUGUUUAUCUUGUGAAAAAAGAGUGCCAGGAAAAUAUAAGCAUACAGAUGUUUUGAAUGCUGUUCAGAAAGUAACAAAAACAAAAUCUGGAAGAGAAGUGAAGAAACCUCGUCGUCAUGACACUUCUCAUGGAAAGAGAAAAGUUUCUCAAAAAAGAAAAGCCCGUCGGCUUAGUAUGGAUGAAUUUGAUUGGAUCGAUGCGAUGAAAGAAUGCCCAGUAUAUCGUCCGUCGAAGGAAGAGUUUGAGGAUGCCUUGGUUUAUGUGCAGAAAAUUGCUCCUGAAGCAUCAAAAUAUGGCAUUUGUAAGAUUGUCUCUCCUGUGGGAUCUUCUGUUCCAGCUGGAGUAGUGUUGAUGAAAGAGCAAAAACAUUUUAAGUUUACCACUAAGCUGCAACCUCUUCGACUUGCUGAAUGGAAUAACAGCGAUAAGAUCACCUUCUACAUGAGGGGAAGAAAUUAUACUAUUCGCGAUUUUGAGAUAAUGGCGAACAAGGAAACAGCUCGAAGAUACUGCAUAUCUGGAUGUCUUCCUCCUGCAUAUGUGGAAAAAGAAUUCUGGAAAGAAAUGGCACUUGCAAAGAAAGGAAUGGUUGAAUAUGGAAUUAAUAUAGAUGGUAGUGCCUUCUCAAGCACUUUCGCUGAUCCUCUUGGAAGUAGCAAAUGGAAUUUAAAGAUACUUCCUCGGCUGCCAAGAUCCACAUUGCGCUUGCUUGUUAAUGAAAUCCCGGGGGUAACAGAACCCAUGCUGUACAUUGGAAUGCUAUUUAGUAUGUUCGCUUGGCAUGUAGAGGAUCACUAUCUCUAUAGCAUUAACUAUCAACACUGUGGAGCAGCCAAAACUUGGUAUGGAGUUCCUGGUCAUGAAGCUCUUCAGUUUGAGAAUUUUAUUCGGGAUCAUGUUUACAAUGAGGAAAUCUUGUCAGAAAAUGGGAUCAAUGGCGUCUUUAAUAUUCUUCAAGAGAGAACAACGAUGGUUUCUCCAAAGAUUCUGCUGCAAUAUGGUGUCCCAGUUUACAAGGCCGUGCAAAUGCCAGGAGAGUUUGUUGUUACCUUCCCUAGAGCAUACCAUUCAGGAUUUAGUCAUGGCUUUAACUGUGGUGAGGCCGUGAAUUUUGCAAUUGCUGAAUGGUUUUCAUUUGGAGCUGCAGCUAGUGAACGUUAUGCUCUUCUCGGCAAGAUGCCAAUUAUUUCUUAUGAAGAGCUCCUCUGUGCAGAAGCAAUGCUUCUCCCAAAGUCUUUAGCUCACAAACCUUAUUGCACAGCAGAUUCAAUCGAUGUUCGUUGUGUAAUGACUUCAUUUUCAUGCCUAUUGAGAUCAUACCACCGUGCCCGCUGGUGCUUGGAGAAGUUGAAAACUUCUCUUAGAACGUGCUCAAAACCUCAAGGGUCAUUUACCUGCAUCCUCUGCAAACGACUCUGUUAUGUGGCAUACCUUGAGUGCAAAUGUUACGCUGGUCCCAUAUGCCUUUUUCAUGAUUUUGAAACUUUUAACUGUCAAUGUGGAAGUAGCUGCUGCCUAUUUGUUACUGAGGACAUCUCAAAAAUGGAAGCUGUUGCACAGAUGUUUGAGGCCGAGGAAGGAAUACAUUGUGAGGUUGAGCAGAAAAUGAAGUCUCAGCCUUACUUGCGGAUGCAAACCUUAUUUCCGCGCAUACAAGGAAAAUAUCGUCCGUAUUGUGAGACAAUGUCAAGUGGUACUCAAAAUGUAGACACUGGUAUAAAGAUGUCCAUGAUCAGAAGCUCAUCUGUCCAAGGCAAGCAAAUGAGGGAUAAGAAGCAAAACGCGAAUCAAUGGAGCUUGACAACGAAGGAACAUCUCCCAGGAGCGCGCUAUGCUUGUCAACCGCAAGAAAAUGACACCAUGGAAAAAAAGGCUCAAAGACAUAGCUCUAGUACUGUUGAGGGUGACUCCAAAUGAGAGCCCAUCAAGUUCUACUAACCUCAAUGUAAAGAUAUCAACCAAUGUGCCUUUUCUGUUUUGUCCAAUCAUGGGAGGCACAAUAUCAGCAGUAGUAAAUUGCAAGUCUUAACUAUUGAUUUUUUGUUAGCAUAUAUAGCAUAAAUGAUAUACUAUAUAUGCAUGUACAUGUAUAUCGUGUUUAUUUAUUUAUUGUCUGAAUCGCAUUAAUGAAAAUUCCAA